CCGGCCUCGCGAUGAUCGUCCGCGACGCGGGUCGCGCCGCCGCCGUCCCCGUGAAUUCGCAAAUCGGCUUGGUGCCGUUCUACCAGUUUCUCUUGAACCACACGCACUACGACAGUAUCCAGACGGAGGAUUUGGUGCAGAAACAGCGAAGUUUGCUGGUGCAGCAGUUGAAACGGCUGAAAGAAGAACCAACAACUUCUGUGAAGAUGUUGAACUCUAUCCAACACAGCAACAACCCUCCUCCUGCGACGAAGUUUUCUCGGUCUCUUGCGGUUGUGGACAGCGACGCCAGCAUAGCGCUCGAGGAAGGCCUUUGGUUGAACGGCGCGAACGGGUUUCAGGGCAAGAUGCUACGCGUGGCGCACCCGCCGCUGUCGAAGGCUAUUGAAGAAAACCAGAAGCGGCUGAGCAGCAGCUUCCUCGACGGGGAACUGACGGAAGAGUACUUCGGCGAAGCCAGCGAUCACAGCCUGUUUCGCGAGCGCGGGCUUAGUGGCGGGAUGGCGAAAAGAACGGGGGACAAACAAACAGCGGUUGGAAAUAAAGACAAGAAUAAGCUCAUCACCUCCCGCAAAGAUGAUGAACCAGUACAGGAGAAGGCCUUCGGGAAUCACUACGUAUCUUCCCUCUUUGCGGUGGAGGAAGAUCAGGUAAACACUGCAAAAGCGAAGACGACACUCCAUGAGAAAAAAGCAACAGAGAACGAAAGUCUUGACUAUAACGCCGGCCUGCUUGGAACGAAAAAAGCAAAAACGCUUCCCAAUUGGUAUUUGAAACGACGCGACAAGCCCCGCACGCUGGACACCUACGCGACGUUUCACGCAAACGCCUUCGACCCGGAGAACUACAAGUUUUCGCGCAAUGACCCGAUCUGCCAAGCCCGGUCGCGGGAGCGAGCUUUAUUCCCGUUGCCGGAAACUGGAAUUGCGAGCACCGAUUCGCGGAAGCUGCCCCGAAAAACGCCCUUCGUCGACGGUUCUUUCACGUACAACUGGCACAACUUCGCGCCGAGCGAUUUACUGCAAUCCUUUGAGCCGACGGAGAAUCAGGGCCGCGGCGCGAGCUACCACUACCUCGCGAUCCGGAGCUUUUUGGAACCGCGCAACUCGACCACCGAUUGCGAGGUGAAGGACCCGGUCUUAACGCAAGUCCCACAUCCGUUGAUGACGUACGGUCACGAUGUCGACAAAUUUCAGCAGAUGCUCGACGUGUACGCCAACGUCUUUGCCCUGCACGUCAAGCCCGAGCAAGUGCACGACUUGCAGCGCAGGAUGUUCACGGUGAAGACCUUUUUGGAACAAAGGAAAGAAAUUCUGCCGCAAAUCGAGGCCGACUUCUCCAAACCGGAGGAGAGGGAAAUGGCGCUCGUGCAGAAUUUAGGCCAACCACCCACCGAUCUCAACCUCCAGUACCUGCUGCACGACUGGCAGCAGACGCACUUCGAAAUUGCGUACCUCCGUGAGUUGACGAAAGCGCGGGUCUUUGACCGCGCGAGCGUGAUUUCCACGCGGUUGCGGAACUUUCCGGGCGAAAACCACUGGGACCCGAUCAAAUGCCUGGAAGUGGAGAAAAACUUCGCCGGCAGCGUCGCGGCCGUGUUUGGCAAUUCUUUCAGUUGGAACAACGCGACGCAGGGACAAGCGCUGGAAUACCUGGGUCGCCCGCUCGCCGGCCACCGGGCACCGGUCAUGCCGUGGGCGCAAACCAGACCCGGAACCUCCCCGGCACACAGUGUCGACAUCGCUUCCGCCGCGGUGCAGACGGUGAACUGCGAAAUCCUGAACAACAUGAUUCUGUCGAACUACUUUUUGCCGAAAAUCUGGUAUCUGCCCUUCAACCCUCUGGUCCCGCCCCCGCUGGAGCAAAUCGCCCAGGGCUUGCAGGAGCACGUGGAGCGCGAGGAGUGGGGUGACCACGUGACCCACUGCAGCUUGCAGGUGUUGGUGGACAUGCUGAAACCGUUUGGGUACCAGUUGCUCCAGAUCGACCACGCCUACGCAGUGUUCAAACACAAGAGCUACGUGGUGAAGGAGCUGGACCACCCGGAAAGGCAGUUGUCAGUUUUCGAUCACUGGCUCGAUGGGUGGUUCUGCUCCCCCUGGAAGACGAUGGCGUUCCAGCGCCUGGAGUACAACUUCCUCUACAGCGAGGAACUCGGGCUCUACCGCCGCGCGCGGUUUUACUGGGCGGAUUUUCUGCUCCGGAAGACGAGAAUUCCAAAGGAUAUCGUAAGCAGCGGCUUGGCGCUCCACGGCGGCGACGUGUUUGGAAAAGGAGAAGUUUUGGAGAGUUUCCCGAGCCUGUACUCCUUUCUCGUUCACCGGCUGUUUCCGAAGCGGUUUUACCACAAGCACCCCGGCCCCGGGGUGGAUACGUUUAUCGAAAACAGCAACCGGGGCCGCUGCGUCCGGCGGGAGCCGAAUUCGCAGAGAAUCUGUGAGUGCUUCGCGCCCUACCGCGGACCUUUGUGCGGCGAGGAGGAACUGCGGUCGGAAGCUUUUGAGAAAACGCUUCCCACAAACGAGAACAAGCACGCGAUUUACUACUUGCUGGAUCACGGGGAGGACCACUUGUGGGAGUUGCAGCACGCGCUGAGCAAUCUCUGGAACAACUUUAACAAGUACUUCGACUACCCCGUUUUGAUCUGGCACGUCGGCAUCUCUCGGGAGCAGGAGCUCCAAUUCCUGAACAACGGCGGGGCUAGCAAAGUUUUGAAGGAUGACUUCGAUGACCAGGAAUUCGCGGCAUGGAGGAAGAGGAUGAACAAGCCAGCGGUCAGCGAGGAGACAACCACCCAGAUCGAGGCGUACUUGAUCAGGCGAGAGGAGGAGGAGGAAUAUCUGGAGUGGAAAAAAGAACAGGAGAGGAAACUACAAGCGAAAACUGCCGCAAGUAAAGACAAAAAGACAAAAGCCCCUGCUCCUGCGCCAUCAAAAGAAGCCGAAGAAGACGAUUUGGUUCUGGAGAAGGUGAAACGCCUUGCCCAUUUCCGCACGGACCACAACUCCGAGGCUCGCGUCUUUCGAUUUGAAAACGCAGACGAGUUCUACGAGCAAGCGAAACAGAUGCGGCAACAUGCACAGCCCGCAGGGACAAUUUUUGUGUCCCGUGGGCGGAACGGGCAUCUGAAGUCGGUCGGCGCGGACGUGAAGGUGGAUAGCGAGUACGGGCAGGACAUUUCUCUGUUGGACAUUGUCGCAAAGUCGAAGAACCGGAUAUGGCUGCAUCUGCGCGAAAAACCGGAAUUACCAAUUCUGCCGAACAUGGACCGACAAGACCACCACAGGUCUUACCCGUGGUUGGAGAUGAUCCACUUCAGGAGCGGACCCUUGUACUUGACGAGCGUUAUGCAAAGGUUCCACCUGUCUUGGUGGCUGGACACGGACGCUUACUUCCCGAACGACGCUAAGGGCUAUGAUCCGUUUGCGGACUUCGAGCACAAAAAUCUCGUUUUGCAGCAGCGGUCGAAAAAGUACUUUCUGAAGAACCAUCUGGACGACUUCUUGGCGCAGGUGAAGGAAGAGAAUGGCGUGUUUGAAGAGCAGGACCAAAAUAGAGAUGGUGGCAGUAAGAAAAAGAAUGCUGUAAAAACAACAUCUUCUUCGUCUUCCAGUUCCACAGCAGUUCUUCAGCAAGCGAAACAAACUUUUGUCGAACACGUUAACGAUUUCGUUUCUGACCUGGAGCUUGCGUGGGGCUACAAGAUCCUCUACCGUUCGCAGAAGACCGCCGCACUGCAACAGUUAUGGGAGAUCACGAACUUCUGGGCGUUACAGCAUCGACACUUGAUGGAGUCGAAACUGUUCACCUACCCGAACCGGCAACUGCGCCUCCCGAUGCAGCAACUAGACGGUCCGUCGGCGCGGCAGUUGCGCCGGGAGGGGAAGACGCUGGAGGUGAUUGAGCGGGAGGACAAGACUCUCGAGGAAAAAAGGAGAAACCGAAAGGACGACGACGAGGAGGAUGAGGAUGAGGCUGAGGAGUUGGACAGCGGCGGGAAGCCUUUGAACGAGUUUAAAUCGCUUUUCGACGAGGUCGUGGUGAUCACGUUUGAGUACCCGCAGGGAAACGCCUUGUCUGGGGGCUGUGUGAUGCCCAACGCGAUCACGAACAGCAAGUACACCGGCACGCCCGACACGCUCUACCAGCGCUACGUGAAAUACCUCAACAGCUUGCACGGCAUGUUCCAGAUCCACGGCUGGGGCGACCACAUCGUGCAGACAAUCGGGUUCGCGGUCUUGAUGCGCCCGUUGGAAGUCGCGUUGAACCACUCUCUAGUCUGGAACAUGACGCGACUGCCCUACGCACACCAGCACUUCGUGGACUGCGUCGCGGGGCACCCGGUCAAGGUGUGGGACCCGGACACGGGCGACAUCUGGGAAUUCCGGUGGAAGUUUGAGCGGAGCUCCUUCUACAAAAACAAAACCAACGCCAUCGACCGGGAAUACAACGAGGCGGAGCGGUACAUUGUGCUGCAGCAGGACCAGCAAGUGAUCAAAGGGACACUGAACGUCAAUUACCUGCACCUGCUGCCAGAAAAGUGGAACUGGCGGAAGCCGUUCUUCGCUUGUGAGUGAGCGAGGUGCAGCGUUCGUUAUUUUUCGCACGGAGGUAGUGGUUCUUAUCAAAUACAAAUUCGAAGCUAGAAGGGCUGAUGAAGCUCGCUUUGGAAAUUUUUUCCAUCUUACAUCUAAUGACGCAUGCAGGACGAGAAUGCAUUGCUCUGACUGUAGUGACUUGAAUUGACAUCGGGACCAAGAAGCUCAAUGGAAACUCUGACGCAUAUACUCACGAAGACGAACAGUGAUACCAUAUGGAACAUGAGCGCCAACUACUUGUGUAGCAGAAAGGAGGACCACGCUAG